AUGUACCAACGUCUUUGCAUUCAGAUCCAAUUCUUCGCUCGGCGCUUAUCUCCAAGACUUUUUUUGUUUUCUUUCUUUCUUUCUUUCACUGUCUCUUUUUCUUCUUUCUCUAUCUUUGAUUAUACAGGUUUUUUUCUUGCUUGCAUUUUUUUCUUUCUUUCUUUCUUUCUUUCUUUCUUUCUUUCUUUCUUUCUUUCUUUCUUUCUUUCGUUCACUGUCUCUUUUUCUCUAUCUUUGAAUAUACAGGUUUCUUUUUUUCUUUCUUUCUUUAUUUCUUUCUUUCUUUCUUUCUUUUCCUGUCUCUUUUUUCUUUUUUCUUUAUCUUUGAUCACCCAGGUUUCCUUUUUGCUUUCUUUCUUUCUUUCUUUCUUUUUUUACGGUCACUUUUUCUCUUUUCUCUCUGUCUUUGAUUACCCAGGUUUCUUUUUUGCUUUCUUUCUUUCUUUCUUUCUUUCUUUCUUUCUUUCACUAUUUCUUUCUUUCUUUCUUUUCAAUCUUACAUUCUUAUUUCUUUUCUUUUUUUUUUUCACUGUCACUUUUUCUUCUUUCUCUGUGUUUGAUUUCUCUGUCUUUUUUUCUUGCUUUCUUUCUUUCUUUCUUUCUUUCUUUCUUUCACUGUCUCUUUUACUUCUUUUUCUCUAUUUGAUUAUACAGAUUUCUUUCUUUCUUUUCAAUGAUUCUUCUUUUUUCAUUCUUUCUUUUUAUUCACUCUUUUUCUUCUCUCUUUUUCUUUUCUUUUCUUUUCUUUUCUCACUCUCAUUUUUCUUUAUUAUUUUUAUUCUUUUCCCUCUCUUUUCUCUUUCCCUCUCUCUCUCUCUCACUCUCUCUCUCUCUCACUCUCUCUCUCUCUCUCUCUUCGUUUCUUUCUCGUUUUUUCUACGUUUUUUUCCCUCUCGUCGUAAUUUUUAUCUCUCUGUCUUUCUUCUCUCUGUUUUUUUUCUUUCUUAUCUUUAUCUGGCUCUCUUUCUUUACUUUAUUGCUACCCCCUCUCUCUCUCUCUCUCUCUCUCUCUCUCUUCUUUUCUCUUUUCCACUAUCUCUUUCUUUAUUUUCCUAUCUCUCUUUUUCACCCCAGGCUUUAUUUCUUUUCUCUAUUCCACUCUAA